GCCAUUUUCAUGUUCAGAAUGUGGGAAAUGUUUUAUUUAUAAAUCAACUCUUGUUAUGCAUCAGAGAAUUCACACAGGGAAGAAGCCAUUUUCAUGUUCAGAAUGUGGGAAAUGUUGUAAAUCUAAAUCAGUUCUUACUAAACAUGAGCGAACUCACAAAGGGGAGAAGCCAUUUUCAUGUUCAGAAUGUGGGAGAUGUUUUCAGCAUAUAUCACUUCUUCUUAACCAUCAGAGAAUUCACACAGGGGUGAAGCCAUUUCCAUGUUCAGAAUGUGGGAAAUGUUUUGCUUAUAAAUCAUCUCUUGUUAGCCAUCAAAGAAUUCACACAGGGGAGAAGCCAUUUUCUUGUUUAGAAUGUGGGAAAUGUUUUACUGAUAAAUCAGCUCUUGUAAAGCAUCAGAGAAGGCACACAGGGGAGAAGCCAUUUUCAUGUUCAGAAUGUGGGAAAUGUUUUGUAGAUAAAUCAAUUCUUAUUAACCAUCAGUUAAUUCACACAGGGGAGAAGCCAUUUUCAUGUUCAGAAUGUGAAAAAUAUUUUAACCGUAAAUCACAUCUUGUUAGACAUCAGAGAAUUCACACACGGGAGAAGCCAUUUUCAUGUUCAGAAUGUGGGAAAUGUUUUCAGCAGAAAUCGGCUCUUGUUAACCAUCAAAGAGUUCACACAGGGGAAAAGCUAUUUUCAUGUUCAGAAUGUGAUAAAUGUUUUCAGCAUAAAUCAUUUCUUCUUUGCCAUCAGAGAAUUCACACAGGGGAGAAGCCAUUUUCAUGUUCAGAAUGUGGGAAAUGUUUUCAGCAGAAAUCGGUUCUUGUUAACCAUCAAAGAGUUCACACAGGGGAGAAGCCAUUUUCUUGUUUAGAAUGUGGGAAAUGUUUUACCGAUAAAUCGGCUCUUGCAAAACAUCAGAGAAGGCACACAGGGGAGAAGCCAUUUUCAUGUUCAGAAUGUGGGAAAUGUUUUGUAGAUAAAUCAAUUCUUCUUAACCAUCAGUUAAUUCACACAGGGGAGAAGCCAUUUUCAUGUUCAGAAUGUGAAAAAUAUUUUAACCGUAAAUCACAUCUUGUUAGACAUCAGAGAAUUCACACACGGGAGAAGCCAUUUUCAUGUUCAGAAUGUGGCAAAUGUUUUCAGCAUAAAUCGCUUCUUCUUUCCCAUCAGAGAAUUCACACAGGAGAGAUGCCAUUUUCAUGUUGAGAAUGUGGCAAAUGUUUUCAGCAUAAAUCACUUAUUUUUUCCCAUCAGAGAACUCACACAGGGGAAAAGCCAUUUACUUGUUUAGAAUGUGGGAAAUCUUUCAUAACUAAAUCAAAUCUUGUUAAACAUCAGAGAAUUCACACUGGAAAGAAGCAAUUUUAA